UUGUUCAGAGCCCCGCCCCCAGGUGGGCUCUGAGCCAAUCACAGAGCGCGCCGUGAGUUCCGUGUUUGGUUCGUUUGGAGCAGGAAGAGAGGAGCUGGUUCCUCCUGGUCCACCGGGUCCACCUGCUCAUGGUUUGUGGAUGGAAGCUCCAGACAGUCGAAGAAUGUGAAUCUGUCGAAAUGAUUAAGAGGAAAGGUAAAGUGCUCUGUGAUGAGACAAGUCUGAAGAUCCGUAGACUGACAGCGGCGAAGGCUGAAACUGCUCCGGAUGAUUCAAACCACCAGGGACCAUCUUCAAAUAGCUCCACUUACUCUGCUUCAGGAGACAUUGGUCUCAUAGAGAGCAUCACUUUGAAAAACUUUAUGUGCCAUCAUUCUCUGGGUCCCUUCCAGUUUGGGCCACAUGUGAACUUCAUUGUUGGCAACAACGGAAGUGGAAAAAGUGCCAUUCUCACCGCCCUGAUUGUAGGCCUGGGUGGAAAGGCCUGUGUGACCAACAGAGGGGUGUCGCUGAAGGAUUUUGUGAAAGCCGGUGAAAAUACUGCAGAUAUAACAGUGAAACUGAGAAACAAAGGACCAGACUCUUACAAAAAGGAGGUUUACGGUGACUACAUCUCUGUUGAGCAGCGCAUCUCAAGUGACGGCUCGAGGAGCUACAAGCUGAAGAACAAAUCAGGCCAAAUUGUCUCAAACAAAAAAGAAGAAUUAACAGCAAUUUUGGACCACUUUAACAUCCAGCUGGACAACCCAGUUUCCAUUCUCAGCCAAGAAAUGAGUAAACAGUUCCUGCAUUCAAAAAAUGAAUCCGACAAGUACAAGUUCUUCAUGAAAGCAACGCUGCUGGAGCAGAUGAAGAGAGAUUACAUCCACAUCAAACACACGGAGACCAUCACCCGACAGCAGGUGGAGAGACAGGAGGAGUGUCUGAAGGACUUGAAGCAGGAGUUUCUACAGAAGAAAGAGCGAUAUGAAAACUUGUCCUCCUACAGUGAGCUGCAGGAGGUUUUGGAGAACCUGAAGAAAAAAAUGGCUUGGUCUUUGGUUAGAGAGAAAGAGCAGUCUGUACAGCAGCUGAAGGAGGAGACUGAGAAAGAAGAAAAUAAUAACAAACAUCAGGACAACCUUCGGCUCUGUCAGACCAGGAUUGCACAAGCAGAGAAGAGGCUGCAGCUCAUCAAAAGGAGAAGUGACGGUCUAAAAGAGGAGCAGGAAACUCUCACAGAAGAAUAUCUCAAGUUGAAACAGCAAGUGAAGAGCAAGAGCAAAGCUCACAAGGAACAGGAGCUUGUUUAUGUUCGGGCCCUGAACAAACUCAAGCAGUCUGAGCGAGAGCAGAUUCUUCUUCAAGAGAAAAUCACCAAGACGACGACGAGUGAGAUUUUGAACAAUAGCAGAGAAACCAAACGUGUAAAACACCAGGUGAGCUUGAGUGAUUUGGAGAAGCAGCUUGCAGAACUUCAGACUACAUGCUCUCAGCUGAACGAAGCCACCAGGAAGAAACAUCAGGCGCUUCUUAAAGGAAAGGAAGAACGGGACAAGCUGAGAGGAGAAGAAAAGAGUCUCCAGUUUGUAUACGAGUCCAAACUGAAGAGGAAGGACCAGCUCCUCGCCAGUCGAUCCAAUAAGCUGAAGCGUUUCGAUGACUUUGUUCCUGAUCUGAUGGCUGCAGUUGAUGGGGCGUACGCUGCUGGACACUUCCUCAAGAAACCCGUUGGGCCAAUAGGUGCGUGCAUCAGUCUGAAGGAGCCGUCUCUGGCUGUGGCCGUGGAGUGCUGCCUGCGGAGCUUCAUGAAGGCUUUCUGCUGCGACAACUACAAAGACGAGGCCGUCCUGCAGCGGCUCAUGGGCCGCUUUUAUCCCAAGGGCAACAGACCCCAGAUCAUCGUCAGCUCCUUCUCUAAUAAACUUUACAACGUCUGUGGACGAAAAGUGCUCCAUCCAGAUUACCCAACCGUGUUGGACACGAUCACAGCAACGAACCCAAUCGUCAUCAACUGUCUGAUCGAUAUGAGAGGAAUAGAAACUAUUCUCGUAAUCAAAGAAAAAGACAAAGCCAGGGGAGUCAUGCAGAGAGGCCGGCCGCCUAAAAACUGCCGCGAAGCUUUCACCGCUGAAGGAGAUCAGGUGUUUCCAAACCGUUACUACACCUCUGAGUUCAGCGUGGCCAAGUACCUCAGCGGAGACGUUGAGACUGAAAUAAGUUUGCUGGAGUCAGAACUGGAAAAUCUUAAAGCUCAGCUGUCCAGGUUUCAAAUGCAGGUGAACUUGGUCACUGAGGAUACAGUAAGCAUGGAGAACAGCCUGAACAGCACCAUCAAGACCCUGAAGCAGACUCAGACGUGUCAGAAUCAGGUGAAGGCAGCGAUAAGUGAGCUGGAGACGGCAGCUCAGGAGCACAGUGAUGACAUCAGCUCUUUGGAAGACGUUGCCCGGGAGAACGAUCAGAAGAUUGAGGCUGAAAAACAAAUGGUUCAGGAGGCAAAGGCAGAGUUUGACGAGCACCGGGAAGUGUUGGAAGAGGCAGACUGCGAGUGCUCUUCUGUUAGGAAUCGAAUUGAUCAGCUUUCAGAAGAAAUGGAGCCAUUGAAGGACGAGCAGGUGAAGCUGGAGGCAGAGUGCAUGAAACACGAGAGAAAUCUUCAACUCUUGGAGAAGAAACUGAAGGCUCACGAGGACAACGUCCAGGCCAUGAAGGGUGAACUUUCUGAGAAAGAAGACGAGUUGCAGGAAUAUGUGGCCAAAGCGUCGCAGAUCAGCCCCGAGCGGCAGAGCGACGCCUGCAGCACCAAGAGCAUCGACACAGAAAUCACCCGCCUGAAGAAGAAGCUGAAGGUGCACGAGAGCAGCCACGGCGAGCACGAGCAGGUGGUCAGGGAAUACGCCGAGGCUCUCUCCCUCUACAAAGAAAAGACCAACCAAGUGAGGGACCUGCGGAAGUUCAUCGAUCGUCUCAGAAACAUCAUGUCCGACCGGCAGAACCGAUACAAAGUGCUGCGACGGUCCCUGUCGGUCAGGUGUAAAUUGUACUUCAACAACUUCCUGAUCAAGAUGAACUGCUGCGGCUCCAUGAUCUUUGAUCACAACAACGAGACCCUCUCCAUCUUGGUGAAGCCUCCAGGCAGGGAGAAAGAUGGCGCGAGCGACAUGAGGUCUCUGUCCGGCGGCGAGCGCUCCUUCUCCACCGUCUGCUUCAUGCUGUCUCUGUGGGAAAUCACCGAGUCUCCGUUCAGAUGCCUCGACGAGUUCGACGUCUACAUGGACAUGCACAACCGCAGGAUCUGUUUGGACCUCCUCCUGGAGCUGUCCGAGCGGCAGCACCUUCGGCAGUUCAUCUUCAUCACUCCUCUGAACACCAGUUUUCUACCAACAACCGCCCUCAUCAGAAUCCACCCCCUUCACGAUCCCGAAGGUCAAGACAUGCAGCUGCUGCCACAUGCACGAUGA